CAGAGCUGCGCUGCUGCACACGGUGGUGCCCACCUAUGCUUGCCAGGAUGCUCAACGUUACGCUGUCUGCUUGCUUCCUGAGCCUGCUGGCCUUCACCUCUGCCUGCUACUUCCAGAACUGCCCGAGAGGUGGCAAGAGGGCCACCUCUGACAUGGAACUGAGACAGUGUCUCCCCUGCGGCCCGGGGGGCAAAGGGCGCUGCUUCGGGCCGAACAUCUGCUGCGCGGACGAGCUGGGCUGCUUCGUGGGCACCGCUGAGGCGCUGCGCUGCCAGGAGGAGAACUACCUGCCCUCGCCCUGCCAGUCCGGCCAGAAGCCGUGCGGGAGCGGGGGCCGCUGCGCCGCCACCGGCAUCUGCUGCAGCGACGAGAGCUGCGAGACCGAGACCGAGUGCCGCGAGGGCUUUUUCCGCCUCACCCGCGCUCGGGAGCCGAGCAACGCCACGCUGCUGGACGGGCCCGCCCGGGCGCUACUGCUACGGCUGGUCCAGCUGGCUGGGACGCGGGAGCCUGCGGAUUCUGCCAAGUUCCGGGUUUACUGAGCCAUCAUCGCCCUCAUGCCUCCCCCCUACAGCAUGGAAAAUAAACUUUUAAAA